UUUUUAAAUAAAUAAUUAACUUAAACUAAAUACUUAGCUCCAGUUAGCUAAUUAAACAAAACUUACAAACCGAAAAUGGGUAAUUCCAGUUCCAUUUGCGCCGAUCGCCAUGUCAUAAGGAAUUUCGAUGAAAAUGGCACACCGGUAUACCCCACAGCCAACAACUCCCAAAGUCCUUCCAAUGGCCAAAUAACGCCACUGCACACACACAAUCAUGGGAAAGAGCUUGGCUACUACAAAACCACAAUUCCCGUUGGAAGUUCUCUGAGCGAGAGCAAUAGUAGCUGCUCUCACUGCCGCCGAACAGCUGAUAUGGGCUCCUCUCACCCAAUGAGCAACAACAACAACAAUAACAACAAUGCACACACACAACGCACGGAGAGCGAAACCUGUGCUUGUAGUAGUCGUGUGUGUAAAAAUCAUACGACUACAACGACAACCACACUCGAAUACGAACUUUCCAAUUUCGCAAAACUAACGACACGAAUCACAACGCAAAGCGCCGCCGCCGAAGUCGCAACAUCGACGGAUACGGAUAGGGAUAGAAAUACGAAUUCAACGGAUCAGGGUGAUAUAGCCAUAGUGAGCGAUUUGCCCAAGGGUCUGCCGUUAUCCUCGCGACAUCACUGGAAUCAGCUGCAGCGCAGUUUGCACGCCCUCCACUACCAACAACAACAACAGCAACAUCAGAUACGUUCUUAUAGUAGUGAAUCCCAUAAAGACUUGGAAGACGAGAUGAGUAAAUCAAAUGCAGAUCUGGAUAAAUACGCCAACCGUGAUCGCUUGGGCAUUUGGGGAACUGGCGAUAAUGAAAUUGUUGGCAGCAUCUCCGGAUUUAACCGACUUUUCGACAAACGCUACUCAAAGGGCCUGGCUUUCACUCAUGAGGAGCGCCAGCAGUUGGGAAUCCAUGGCCUCCUGCCCUACGUGGUUCGGGAGGGAAAUGAGCAGGUAAGUCAUUGCCGUGCUCUCUUGGAUCGUCUGGAGCAGGACCUGGACAAGUACAUGUACCUGAUCAGUCUGUCCGAGAGGAAUGAGAGACUUUUCUACAAAGUGCUUAGCUCCGAUAUUGGGCACAUGAUGCCUUUGGUGUACACCCCCACCGUCGGAUUGGCCUGCCAGCGUUACAGCUUGAUCUACAUGAGCUCCAAGGGCAUGUUCAUCUCCAUUAAGGAUAAGGGACACGUCUACGAUGUGCUGAAGAACUGGCCGGAAACGGAUGUUCGUGCUAUUGUGGUAACGGACGGUGAGCGUAUCCUGGGAUUGGGAGAUCUGGGAGCUAACGGCAUGGGUAUUCCUGUGGGCAAACUGUCUCUGUACACAGCCUUGGCUGGCAUUAAGCCAUCGCAGUGCCUGCCCAUCACCUUGGAUGUGGGCACCAAUACCGACAGCCUUCUGGAGGAUCCUCUGUACAUCGGUUUGCGCGAACGCAGAGCCACUGGAGAGCUCUACGAUGAGUUUAUCGAUGAGUUCAUGCACGCCUGCGUCCGUCGUUUCGGCCAGAAUUGCCUGAUCCAGUUCGAGGACUUUGCCAAUGCCAAUGCCUUCAGGCUGUUGUCCAAGUACCGGGAUAACUUCUGCACCUUUAACGAUGAUAUUCAGGGAACCGCUUCGGUGGCCGUGGCUGGACUGCUGGCCUCGCUGAAGAUCAAGAAGACCCAGUUGAGGGAUAACACACUGCUGUUCUUAGGCGCCGGAGAGGCUGCUCUGGGUAUUGCCAACCUGUGUCUGAUGGCCAUGAAGGCUGAAGGUCUGUCCGAAGAGGAAGCCAAGGCGCGCAUCUGGAUGGUGGACAGCCGUGGUGUCAUCGUCCGCGAUCGCCCAAAGGGUGGACUCACCGAGCACAAGUUGCACUUCGCCCAGCUUCAUGAACCCAUCGAUACUCUGGUGGAGGCUGUGCGAAAGGUGCGUCCCAAUGUGCUGAUUGGAGCUGCUGCCCAGGGUGGAGCCUUCAACCAGGAGAUCCUCGAGUUGAUGGCCGAUAUUAACGAGACCCCGAUCAUCUUUGCUCUGUCGAAUCCGACCAGCAAGGCGGAGUGCACCGCCGAGGAGGCGUACAACUUCACCAAGGGUCGUUGCAUCUUCGCCAGUGGAUCUCCCUUCGCCCCCGUGACGUACAACAACAAGAAGUUCUAUCCUGGCCAGGGCAAUAACUCCUAUAUUUUCCCUGGAGUGGCUCUGGGAGUUCUGUGCGCCGGCAUGUUGACCAUUCCCGAAGAGGUCUUUUUGGUCGCCGCAGAGCGUUUGGCGGAGCUGGUCUCGAGGGAUGACCUGACCAAGGGCAGCUUGUACCCACCACUCAACUCCAUUGUCAGCUGUUCGGUGGCCAUUGCCGAAAAGAUUGUGGAGUAUGCCUAUAAGAAUGGAUUGGCUACAAUCCGCCCCGAGCCGGCCAACAAAUUGGCCUUCAUCAAGGCCCAGAUGUAUGAUCUGGACUAUCCCCGCUCCGUGCCCGCCAACAUACAAAAUGUAAAUCCAGAUGGAGAUCCAUUCCGCCUAACCCCCAGAAACCAAAAGGAGUGGCCAUCGCAAAUAUUCGGCAAGGGCGGCGAGCAGUAACCAUGUUAUUUAUUUUAUAAUGUCGCACAUCUGUCGUCUAGCAUAUAGCAAAAUUUGUAUCGCGCCUAACCAACCAACAACUUAUCCACCAACCACUAGCCCCUGUUCGCAGCCCCAUAGAUUAUUAUUAUUAUGAAAGAAAAAGGAAAUUAUGGAAUGUCAUCAAGCAGCGGCUUUAUAAUUUUGUCUGAUGUUGACUCUAUGUAAAUGGGAAAUUGAUCUAUAUAGAUAUGUAAACAAAUUUUAUGUAAUCUUGAAAAACACAAACUACUCUAAGAAUCUACAAAUAAAAAAGUAUAAAUAAAAAUA